AUGUCUUCUCCCAUCAUCCAGCAAGAGGCGUUCAAAGCAAGCAUUCUGUCCCAUGUCCGCGCCAUCCACGGUCCAAAAUACCCUAGGGGCACUGUAUUCGACGUCGUUACCGGAUGGGAUGGUGAAGAAUCUUUGCCCUUCGCCUGCUACGUCGUCGUUUACCCUGAGACCAAACCCUUCAAGGCAGGCGAAGCCGUGUCCGCCAAUUGGUCCCCAAUUAUGGCAUCGGAUCCUGCGGACACCGUGAUCGAAGCCUACCAGCAUGUCCUCAACGAACUGCGGAUUAAGAUGAAUAGAGUCAUGGGCAAGUGA